UUCUAUUUUAGCCCUUGGCAACGCAGAAGCUCGUUGGCGCGAGCGAGCAGUGUGGGUGCAAUAAUUGAAUAACAUGGAUUUCUAAAUGUAUUUUGCGACGCUUGCGCACGCGACGUGUCCGGUCUGGUCAGCAUGUUACCACUCAAACGCGUCCUAUGUGUCCAACUAACUAACGUACCAAGUUGCUGGACUACUCUGGAUGUGAAAAUGAACGGUGUGUCUUUAAGGCGUCCUACUGCCCUGUAGAUGUGUGUUGCUGUGGCAGAGAAACUGACGCCCGGGACCCUGUAGUCCACGUUAUUAUUCCAUCCUGAACCGGCGAGGAAACUGGCGGCGUUGCGUUCAUAGGAGAUACAGCAGUCAAUCAAAAACAAACGUCCCCAAACUAUUGCAACUCUUUCGCGGUGGACAGACGCACGUUGCGUUGCUGUGUGUUGAGCCGACCAUCAGGAUGAGGCCUGGUCAGCUGUGUGUUCUGGUCCCAACUUCCACUACCCUCCUCUUCCUCCUGGUCCUAUCAGGAUCUUCUCAGACCAGCGCCUGUAACAAGGCCCUCUGCGCCUCCGACGUCAGCAAGUGCCUCAUACAGGAGCUGUGUCAGUGUCGUCCAUCCGACGGGAAUUGUUCAUGUUGUAAAGAGUGUAUGCUCUGUCUGGGGACACUGUGGGAGGAAUGCUGUGACUGUGUUGGGAUGUGUAACCCUAAGAACUACAGUGAUACUCCAGCCACCUCCAAGAGCACAGUGGAGGAACUCCAUCGACCAAUCCCCUCGCUGUUCCGAGCCCUCACGGAGGGCGACGCCCCUAUCAACAUGAUGGUGGUGUCCUUUCCCGUUGCCGAGGAACUAUCUCACCAUGAGAACCUGGUCUCUUUCCUAGAGACGCUUGACGACCAGCACCAGAACAUAUCGCUCCCCGCCAACAGCAUCCACGGCAGCUACGACACUCAAGAUAACAUGUGUACGGUGGUCUACUUUGACGACUGCGUAUCCAUCCGCCAGUGUAAACUAUACUGUGAGUCGAUGGGAGGGUCGAAGUACCGCUGGUUCCACAACGCCUGCUGUCAGUGCAUCGGCCCGGAGUGUCUGGACUACGGCAGCAAGGCUGUUAAGUGCAUGAACUGUCUGUUCUGAAGACUGAUGGCUCCAUGGUGGUGGAGACUGGCACCAAAAAUAUGGACCAAAACAAUGGGUGGCUCCAGAGAGGGGCUACACGAUGCUGAAGCCUCCUCAAAAAUAGCCUAGUCCCCCCCAAAAAAAAUAUUGUAUUAGUACAUCAUAUAUGACAGGACCCCUUAAGCUUCCCCUUAAGCUUCCCCCUUAGCUUGCCCUUAGCUUACCCCUUAGCUUGCCCCUUAGCGUACCCCUUAGCUUGCCCCUUAGCUUGCCCCUUAGCUUGCCCCUUAGCUUGCCCUUAGCUUGCCCUUAGCUUACCCCUUAGCUUGCCCCUUAGCUUACCCCUUAGCUUGCCCCUUAGCUUGCCCCUUAGCUUGCCCUUAGCUUGCCCCUUAGCUUGCCCCUUAGCUUGCCCCUUAGCUUACCCCUUAGCUUGCCCCUUAGCUUGCCCCCCCUUAGCUUGCCCCUUAGCUUGCCCCUUAGCUUCCCCCUUAGCUUCCCCCUUAGCCUCCCCUUAAGCUUCCCCAAUGAAAAGUUUCUGUUGCCACCGCUGACCCAACAUGAGAAGACUGACUGACGAGGUCCAAUAUUCAUUGUAACCAUCAGAGCUAGCUGACUGAAUUUAUGAAUUUACCUCGGAUGUGUGUUUUCUUUCAUGAGAGUGAAUGACGUCAAAUAUUUUCCUUCUUACUGAUUAAUUUUUUUAUCAUUCUUUUAUUCUGUGUAUAUUAUAUUAUAUAUUAUUAUAUUAUAUUUUAGAUGUUUUAAAAAAAAAAAAAAUGCUGUCAUGUUUUUAAUUUUUUACAAUAAUCUUGCCAAAAAAAAUGCUGUUUGUUGACUUGGUUUGUAUUAAGUUGAACCUUUUUUCUACUCUGGUGUAAUAUAACAAUAUAAACUUCACGUUAUUUCACAGAACAAGACUUAACCAAAAUUGUUUUGGAAUGGAUUGACAUCUACUUCAGACCAAGAGUUUGUACACAGUAUAAUUUAAUCAUUUAAAUGGCACUUCUUUUCUCAAUAAACAAAUCAGGCUGUUAGCUAGCUAACCAAUCUUUAAAAAUAAAAAAGUGAAUUACUGGCUAUAGUUUUAA